AUGGAGCCUAAUGAAUCAGUUUCAUCGACGGAAAACGGCGGCGUAAGCAGCGUGGAGAAGUUUCUCUGCGAGCGAUUGGUUGACCAGUCGCAGCCGAUCUCGGAGCGAUUCAGAGCUCUCUUCUCUCUUCGCAACCUGAAAGGACCGGGUCCUAGAAACGCUCUAAUCCUCGCAUCAAGAGACUCCUCUAAUUUGCUAGCACAUGAAGCUGCAUUUGCAUUGGGUCAGAUGCAAGAUGCUGAAGCAAUACCUGCUCUGGAGUCAGUUCUUAAUGAUAUGUCUUUGCAUCCAAUAGCAGCAGAAGCUCUUGGAGCCAUUGGUUUAGCCGGUAAUGUUGACAUUUUAAAGAAAAGCCUGACCUUGGAUCCAGCUCAGGAGGUUCGGGAAACAUGCGAGUUAGCUCUCAAAAGGAUUGAAGAGUUGAGCAAUGUUGAUGCCGAGAAACAGUCGUCCACGACAGAGAAAUCACCUUUCAUGUCUGUUGAUCCAGCGGCUCCAGCCGCUGCUUUCUCUUCUGUCAAGCAACUCAGGCAAAUUCUUCUAGAUGAAACAAAAGGCAUGUAUGAGAGAUAUGCUGCACUUUUCGCUUUAAGGAAUCAUGGUGGAGAGGAAGCUGUUUCUGCCAUUGUUGAUUCUUUGAGUGCUAAUAGUGCUCUUCUACGUCACGAGGUUGCUUAUGUGUUGGGCCAGUUGCAAAACAAAGCUGCUUUAGAUACUCUAAGCAAAAUACUGAGAGAUGUGAAUGAGCACCCAAUGGUUAGGCAUGAGGCUGCAGAAGCACUUGGUUCUAUCGCAGAUGAACAGAGCAUUGCAUUGCUACAGGAAUUCUCAAGUGACCCUGAGCCCAUUGUUUCACAAAGCUGUGAAGUUGCAUUGAGCAUGUUGGAAUUUGAAAAUUCCGGGAAAUCUUUCGAGUUCUUCUUCACACAAGACCCGCUUGUUCACUAA